CGUCUUCCUUUUUAGUGUCAUUCAUCUGAGAGAGUGGAGUAGCCGUACGUGUAUCUGCUCCACUCUCAUUCGCUUUGCUAUUUCGGUCUCACUCACACCCUCUUUUCCUUAUAAUUAUAACCCACCCCCCACGCCACCGGAUCGCAUGGAACCUCGCCGGAAACUCAAAUUCCGGCCACCCACCGGCUAAAUGCCCCCUCCCGAAGGACACGAUGACACCAAACACGUCAACGUCAACGUCAACGUGAUCACCCCAUUGUUCCGCAUCAAGCAUCACGUUUUCCGUUACACUCCGAAUGGCGGCGGCGACGAACGCCGGCGCGUUGGUGGAGUCACCCUCGGGCGAGGAGGCGACGGCGAAGACGGCGCAGAAGCGGUACGAAGGCCUCCUAAUGGUUCGAAACAAAGCGAUAAAGGGAAAAGGCGCAUGGUACUGGACGCACCUGGAACCCUUGCUCGUCCACAACAACGAAACGGGACUCCCGAAAGCGGUUAAACUCCGUUGCUCCCUAUGCGACGCCGUUUUCUCGGCCUCGAACCCCUCCCGCACGGCCUCCGAGCACCUGAAGCGUGGCACGUGCCCCAAUUUCAACUCCUCAGCCGCCAAACCAAUUUCCUCUGUCUUCCCCGCCAGCGUGGUGCCUCCUUCUCCUUUUCUGGUUCAGCACAACCACCGCAAGAGAACCACCACUUCCCCUUCCGGUUCGGGUUCCGGUUCGGCCUACCCCGUUCCCAGCCGCUUCGGCUCCCAGCAACCGCAUUUGAUGCUCUCCGGUGGUAAGGAGGAUUUGGGCGCGCUGGCCAUGUUGGAGGACAGUGUGAAGAAGUUGAAAAGCCCCAAAACUUCUCCUGGGCCUGCUCUGAGCAAGGCCCAAAUCGACAGCGCUUUUGAGUUUCUGGGCGAUUGGGUUUACGAGUCCUGCGCCUCCGUUUCCUUCACCAGCUUGGAGCACCCCAAGUUCCGCGCUUUUCUGGCCCAGGUUGGUUUGCCGGCUGUUCUCCCCCGCGAGUUCAUCGGAGCCAGGCUGGACGCGAAGUUCGAGGAGGCCAAGGUUGAGUCGGAGGCUCGGAUAAGGGAUGCCAUGUUCUUUCAGAUUGCCACGGAUGGGUGGAAGUGGAAUGGGAAUGGGAAUGGGGAGAGUUAUAAUUAUAACCAAGGGUUGGUGAAUUUGAGCGUGAAUCUUCCGAAUGGGACCAGUUUGUACAGAAGGGCGUUGUUUGUUACUGCUUCUGCUCCUUCCAACUAUGCGGAGGAGGUUUUGUGGGAGACAAUCACUGGCAUUUGUGGGAAUCUGGUGCAGCAGUGUGUAGGGAUAGUUGCGGACAGGUUCAAGGCCAAGGCCUUGAGGAACCUCGAGAAUCAGAAUCAUUGGAUGGUUAACCUCACUUGUCAGUAUCAGGGCUUCAACAGUUUGAUCAAGGACUUGGCCAAGGACCUUCCCUUGUUCACCACUGUCGCUAACAACUGUCUCAAGCUUGCUAAUUUUGUCAAUUACAGGUCUCAGGUCAGGACCUCCUUCCACAAGUACCAGCUGCAGGAGUACGGCCACACCUGGCUCCUCCGCCUCCCGCCCCCCCACCGCUUCGAAUUCGUCUCCGUCUUUGCCAUGAUGGAGGACACCCUCAGCUCCGUUCGCGCCCUGCAGCUGGUGCUGCUGGAUGAGGGAUUCAAGAUGGUCGCCAUUGAGGACCAGGGUGCAAGGGAAAUUGGGGACAUGAUUAGAGAUGUUGGGUUCUGGAAUGAGCUGGAGGCUGUUCAUGGUUUGCUUAAAUUGGUCAAGGACAUGGCUCAGGAGAUUGAGGCUGAGAGGCCUCUGGUUGGGCAAUGCCUUCCCCUUUGGGAUGAGUUGAGGACCAAAGUCAAGGAUUGGUGCUCCAAGUUCCACAUUGCAGAAGGGUUGGUGGAGAAGCUUGUUGAGAGGAGGUUCAAGAAGAAUUACCACCCUGCUUGGGCUGCUGCUUACAUUCUUGACCCUCUUUACUUAGUGAGGGACACUAGUGGGAAGUACCUUCCGCCGUUUAAGUACUUGACUCCCGAGCAGGAGAAGGAUGUGGACCGCCUCAUAACCAGGCUUGUUGCGAGAGAUGAAGCUCAUAUUGCUCUCAUGGAGCUCAUGAAGUGGAGGACGGAAGGGCUUGACCCGGUUUAUGCUCAAGCUGUUCAGAUGAAGGAGAGGGAUCCUGUCACUGGGAAGAUGAGGAUUGUGAAUCCACAGAGUAGUAGGCUUGUGUGGGAAACUUAUUUGACUGAAUUCAAGUCCUUGGGGAAAGUUGCAGUGAGGCUCAUUUUCCUUCAUGCAACCUCGUGUGGCUUCAAGUGCAAUUGGUCUUUGUGGAGAUGGGUUUGUGCUCAUGGCCACUCCAGGACUGCACUCAACAAGGUGCAGAAGUUGAUAUUCAUUGCAGCUCAUUCCAAACUUGAGAGAAGGGAUUUUUCCAACGAUCAAGAUAAGGAUGCAGAGCUGUUUUCCUUGGCAAAUGGUGAGGAUGAUGUGUUGAACGAGGUCCUUGUUGAUACAUCCUCGGUGUAACAUUUUUUUCUUCUUUCUUUUUGGGUUAAUUAAUCAGCUAGGAAUUUUAAUUUUUUAGGAUUUAUUGAAUUCUUUCCGCUACCCUUUUCUUUUUCUUCUUCUCUUUUUUUUUUUUUUUUUAAUGUCUUCUUCCAUCUUUCUCUUUUAUCCCUUCGCAUUUUGAACACUCACUGCAAGGACUUUGAGCGACUCUCCAUCUUUUACCCUGGCAUGAUCGUCAAGUUGUUAAAUAUGGGAAAGCGGGAAAAGUUGUAACGCCAGAGACCGAUUACAGAACCGGAAGGAUGUUGUAGAAAUUUUAUUCCUCUUGUAGUUUGAGAUAAAUAAUAUUUGUAAAGGGGAAGUUUUUAUCGAUUCUCCUUUGAUUUUAA